CGCGACACAGCAGUCUACUCUUGCAACAGCCAUGCGCAGGAUGUUGCCUUGUUGUGUUUCGCUUGAGAGCCUCGGUGAAAAAAGUAGAUAAAUCUUUCUAAAACUAGUUGUGGAAUGUUAUUAGUGUCUCCGAAUCCUUCUCAGUUUGUAGAUGGACGUCGAGCAGAGGUGCAUUCGCCUGCAGGAGAAGAAGAAGAAGUGAAGCGAGCGGCUCCUCUUCCUCCUCUCUGACUGACUGCUGUACUGUAGAAUGAGACACGACCGUGGAGCUGCCAUGUAGCGAACAAGCAUGAGCACCCAGAGCGGUCAACCAGACGGGACAGACGACUACACGGUGCAGCAGGAGAACGAGUUAGAGGCCCUCGCGUCUAUAUUUGGGGAGGAUUUCCAGGAUCUUCGGAGCAAAGACCCCUGGAAGGUUAAAAGGCCUCCCGAGGUCUUUCUCUGUCUGCGACCCAACGGGUUAAACAAUGGUCAGGAAUGCUACGUGACUGUGGACCUGCAGGUGAAAUGUCUGCCCGAUUACCCGGACGUGCCUCCAGAGCUGGAACUGAAGAACGCCAAAGGCCUCUCAAACGAAAAACUCCAGAACCUCCAGGAUGAACUCACUAAGCUGGCAGCAGUGCGAUGUGGGGAGGUGAUGAUUUAUGAGCUUGCAGACCAUGUCCAGGGGUUUUUGAGCAAGCACAACAAACCUCCACCGCGCUCCUUCCACGAGGAGAUGCUGAAGAACCAGCGCAGGCAGCAGGAGAAACAGGCUCUGGAGGAGCAGGAGAGGAUGGACCAGCAGCGCAAGAAGGAGGAGGAGAUGGAAAAGGAGAUCAUGGCUGUAAUCCAAAAAAGGGAAGAGGACAAGCGAGAGGAGAAGAGAAGAAAGGAAAUUGCCAAACAGGAGCGUCUGGAGAGCAUAGAGUCGGUGUCUGUGCUGGGAAAGAGUCCGCCCAGUUCUGGUGGAACCGUUCCUGACCUCACUGAAGCCAAAACAACCGCUGGGAACCACCGGCGCCGAACAACUUCCAGUUCACGCCACAGACGCGACACGGUUAACGACGACGGCGUCCGCCCGCAGGAGCUUCUGCAUUUCCACAGCAACACUUUAGGAGAGCUGGUCGUCCACAAAGGCAAAUGUUUGGGUGAAAGCCAGCGCCUUGGUCGGAGCGUUUAUUGCGGCUUUGAAGCCAACUCUGGAGAGUUUUCCAUCAUCUAUGAGUGGUCGUUACGCUGGAGCAAGAGGAUGGGAAAGUUCUUCACCAGCCAGGAGAAAGCAAAGAUAGAGAACUGUAAGAAGCAGAUCCAUGCAGCAGAAAACGAGUUCAACUCCCUCCUGCGUCUCAGUCACCCAAACUUGGUGCAUUACAUGGCGCUGAGCUCCACGGAGAAGGAGGACUGCCUCAGCGUUCACCUGCUGGUGGAGCACGUGCCGGGAAUCAGCUUGAACCAAAGCUUAGGUACCAACGCCCCGCUCCCUCUGGAUAAACUCUGCCACUACGCGGCGCAGCUGCUGUCUGCCCUCGACUACCUCCACACCAACUCCGUAGUCCACAAACACCUGGGCGCCUCCAGCGUGCUCCUGGACUCCGAGGGCAGCGUUCGCCUGACGGACUACAGCUUAUCCAAACGAUUCUCCGAUAUCUGCAAGGAGGACAUUUUUGAGCAAGCCCACGUUCGUUUCUCGGAGGGGAUGGUCAUGCCAACGAAAACCGGCAAGAAGGGGGACGUGUGGAACUUGGGAUGUGUUUGUCUGAAUGAUGCUGACCGCUGGACGACUCAGCAGCUCUUGGACCAUUCCUUCCUCAAACCUCCUCUUCCUAAAAACCUCCUGCAGUACCAGGAAACCAGCCCAGAAGAUUUAGCUGAGGACUUUGCAUCAUCCGUCAUCCCACAAAACCACAUCCUCAACGCUCCCUUCAGCUCCGGGCUGCAGAGACAGCUUUCCCGUUACUUCAAUGAGUUUGAGGAGUUACAGCUCCUUGGAAAAGGGGCCUUUGGUGCUGUCAUUAAGGUCCAAAACAAGCUAGAUGGCUGUUAUUACGCCGUAAAGCGCAUCCAGGUCAAUCCAGCCAGUAAGCAGUUCAGGCGGAUCAAAGGCGAGGUCACGCUUCUGUCGCGCCUGAACCACGAGAACAUUGUCCGCUAUUACAACGCGUGGAUUGAGCGCCACGAGCUGCCCUCCACAGGCGUCCUGAGCAACUCCGACAGCUCAGAGGCGCAGAACGCCGCCGACCAGCAUCCGAAGAGCGCGGCGGCCCCUCAGCGCAUGAAUGAACUGGGUCUGCUGGACAACGUGGAGGACAUAGCGCCGCCUCCGGCUCUGUCCAGCUCCGUGGAAUGGUCCACUUCCAUUGAGAAAUCCUCCAGCGCUAAGUGCACCGGACACCAAUCAAGUGAUGAAGAUGAUGAUGACGAAGAUGAUGAUGAAGAUGUAUUCGGAGCUUCAUUUUUGCCUUCCGACAGCGACUCACGGAGCGACAUCAUCUUCGAUAAUGGUGACGAAAGUGCUGAUGAGAUGUCCCAGGCUGAGAAGAGCAAAAGGCCGGCGACCGACACGACGGAGAGCUCCGACUCCGACCGGCAGCUGUCUAUAGCACAUUACCUGUACAUACAGAUGGAAUACUGUGAAAAAAGCACUUUAAGAGACACAAUCGAUCAAAGUUUACACCUGGACCAGAACCGCCUCUGGAGGCUCUUCAGAGAGAUCCUGGAUGGCCUUGCUUACAUCCAUGAGCAGGGCAUGAUUCACAGAGAUUUGAAGCCCGUCAACAUAUUCCUGGACUCCCAGGACCAUGUGAAAAUAGGAGACUUUGGCUUGGCUACAGAUCAUCCUGCUAACGUGGCUGCAGGGAAAUUUGAGCUGGAAGACGGCGGCUCUGCUGCGGUUCUUAAACCCGACCCAACAGGAAACAUGACGGGGAUGGUGGGCACAGCUCUUUAUGUGAGUCCAGAGGUGCAGGGAAACACCAAAGCUACUUACAAUCAGAAAGUGGACCUGUUUAGCCUGGGGAUCAUCCUUUUUGAGAUGUCCUACAGGCCGAUGACCACCGGCGCAGAGCGGAUUUCUGUCCUUAGCAAGCUGCGAGUGGAGCCCAUCUCCCUCCCGGAAGAUUUUCUGCCAUACAAUCAGGGAACGCAGAGAAAGGUGAUCGAGUGGCUGCUAAAACACGACCCAGCCCUUCGGCCCACCGCUCAGGAGCUGCUGAAGAGCGAACUCCUGCCCCCCCCUCAGAUGGAGGAGUCCGAGCUGCACGAGGUCCUGCAGCACACCAUGGCCAACGUCAACGGCAAAGCCUACCGCACCAUGGUGGGCCAGCUUUUCGCCCAGAACACCACCCCAGUAAUGGAUUACACCUAUGAUAUAGAUCUGCACAAGGGCAACUUCAGCGUUAACACUGCCAAAUUGCAGCAGCAUGUGUACGAAACCAUCACCAGGAUCUUUAAGAAGCACGGUGCUGUGCGCCUCCAGACUCCUCUGCUCCUGCCCCGAAACAGGAAGCUGUACGACGGCAGUGAGCUGGCCUGCUUCAUGGAUCACAGCGGCAUGCUGGUCACGCUGCCCUAUGACCUUCGAAUGGCGUUUGCAAGAUUUGUGGCCCGGAAUAAUAUAGCUCACCUGAAGAGGUACAGCAUCGAGCGCGUGUUCCGCCCCAGGAAGCUGGACCGUGCACACCCCCGGGAGCUCGUGGAGUGCGCCUUCGACAUCGUCACGCCCGUCACCAACAGCCUGCUGCCCGACGCAGAAAUUAUUUACACCAUCUCGGAAAUAAUUCAGGAAUUCCCGGCGCUCCAGGAAAGGAACUAUAACAUCUAUCUGAACCACACCAGCCUGUUGAAGGCCAUCCUGCUGCACAGCGGCGUCCCAGAGGACAAACUGAGCCAGGCUUCCAACGUUCUGUGUGACGCCAUGAAUGAAAAACUGACUAAACGGGAGGUGGAGGCAAAGUUCUGUAAUUUUUCUCUGUCGAGCAGCAGCCUGCAAACGCUCUACAAGUACAUAGAACAGAAGGGCAGCCUGCAGGAGCUGGCACCGCUGCUGGCGACGCUCACCAAGCAGAAGACGGCCGUCACCCAGCUGGCCAAGCAGGGCCUGAAGGACCUGGAGGAGCUGAUUCUGCUUCUGCGCAGGCUGGGCGUGAAACUGAGGGUGGUGGUUAAUUUAGGCCUGGUCUACAAGGUGCAACACCACUCCGGAGUCAUUUUCCAGUUUGUGGCUUUCAUCAGGAAGCGGAAGCGAACCGUCCCGGAUAUAGUGGCUGCUGGAGGGCGCUACGACCACCUGAUUGUGGAAUUCCGAAGUCCUGCUUCCACCAUCCCGGUGCCCAGCGCGGUGGGGGGCAGUGUGGCUCUGGACAAAGUCUGUGCCGCUAUAGCCAGCAUGGAGGAGCCACUGAUGGUGAGCUCUUGUGAUGCUCUGGUGGUACCAGUAGGACACUCCUCCAUGUCCAAAGCUAUCAAUGUUGUCCAGAAACUGUGGAGCAGCGGCGUCUCUGCUGACAUCACCUACGAUUUCUCACAGUCCCAGGAGACGCUGGUGGAGCACUGCAGGCUGGCAGGCAUCACAUGCACGGCCCUCGUGUCUGACAAAGAAGGAAACUAUGUGAAGGUCAAAUCCUUCGAGAAGGACAGACAGUCUGAGAAGCGAAUUCCAGAGUCGGACUUGGUGGACCACAUCAUUCAGAAAUGCCGGACCAGAUUCUUUGAUGAGAGAAACAUCAGAGAAAUGACUGAAAGCAUGAGCCUUCAGAACCCCAAAGGAUCGACGCAGAACUGCACAGGCUCCUCAGAGCCUCAUGGGAGCAGCAGCACCACCAACAUGAACGUGAACGUCAUUAGUCCGGAAAAGGUUUCUGCAAGCGCCAGACGGCGCUACGAGACUCAGAUCCAAUCAAGACUGCAGAAUCUCAGCACCAAUUUACAAAACAAGAGCAAUGAAAUCGAGGUUCUAGCAGUUGACUUGCAGAAGGAAACCUUGAUCAACUUCCUGUCUCUGGAGUUUGAGAGUGAGGAGCAGUUCAACAGCAGCGUGAAGACCCUGCUGUCUCAUCUCCCAAAGCAGCGCUACCUGAAGUCCAUCUGCGAUGAGAUCCAUCACUUCAAAAUAACCAAAAGGGUGGCUGUGGUUGUACUGUACAGCUACAAGGAUGACUACUACAAGAUCCUCCUGUGAGCAUCGCAGGACUUCCACCGGACCGGGAAUUAUUUCACUUUGACUUGGAUCGAGCCAACCCUCUUCUUUUUUUUUUUUAACCUUUAAUCUACGAAAUCGGCGGGACGACUUCACUGAUUUCUGCUGUUCCUCUUGGAAAAAGUGAUCCCCAGAUGACUUUGUUUGAACUGUUUGAAUGGGGAUUCAGCUGAUGGAGCCAAAUUGCACUUCCUUCCAAAGAGACUUGUGACAGGUUCUGGUCUGGACACGGUUUUCAUUAGACUCUAUGGCCUUAAGACAACUCUGGAGUUUAAAGAGAGAAAGGGCUUUUUACUGACGAUUACGCCACAAUCAGGGCAGUGUUACUUUUCUAUUAGCAACACAUUGGAUAAAGAGAAUAAAACUCAUUUUUCUCA